ACCUACCAGGGAGAGGGAAGGUGUCCUUCUUUCUAGAUUAUGUUAAAGAGAUGGAGUAAGCACUGCUGGUAUGUCUUUGACAAAUGCUGAAUCAUGGAGUAUGUAACAUGGUCUGGUCCUGGGGCUGCGUCUUUAUAAAGCGGGAUAUGGCUGUUACGAAUUCGGUCAUAUUGAAAGGCUUGUUGCAUUUAUAGUUCUCGCCUGUGCUAGAUGGUAUUGUGUUUCUCGGCCGACAUUUUAAUUUUCAGGAACUCCAGACUCUAAUAGGAUGAAGAAGAUAUAUUGUGAAUGUGUGCUCACCAAGAGCAUCUGCCUGCUCUCUCAUUGUCUCGAGCACUUGACUAUUUAUUUCCAACUAGGAGCCCAGUCGGGAUUUGUGUCACUCAUUAGAUACGCUGGUCGUCCUGAAAGUCAUUCAUUUGUGUUCAAUGCUCAGUGUUAAGUUAAAAUUCAGCCACUGCAAUCAGAAACUCACCUGAGAUGAAGUGCUUCCCGCAGACUUUGUAACGCGUCGACGAUUGGUCCAAGUCUGCACGUCGUAUGCGACGGAACCAUUCCGCACGUCUUUUGAUGGACAUCUCAACUGUCUUGGCACACUGGUUUUCCACCACUUUCGGUAUUGAAAAGAAGCCGACAUUCGUGUAGUUCAUGUCCCCAGGCUUGUUCUUGGACCUAUUGCUACAUUUGUAUAUCACACAGUUCACCAUCGUUCCGCUAGCGUACACUAGGGACAGUAGCAAGCCCGAAAGAAAAAGCACAAAAGCAGGCGAUCACAGGAGCAGACGACGACGAAGAGAAAACAACCAACAAAAUGGCGGCCGAUGGCAGCGCGCCCUGGCGACUUGACGUCAGUGCAUACACCCUAUAGUAUCCUAUUCAUUACCAGAAACUCUAGCCUAUCAAACCUUAUGCUCGUAGCUUCUUAUUAUUAGUUUGGAGCUGUACAACUGCAACAGGCUACCUCAUAAUAUCAUAGGAAAUGUCUGUCUCUAUUAUAUAUAUCCACUUUUUUCCUUUAACUUGGACCUAGUACUCAGAACACCAUAUUGUCAACAAACGCCACAGUGGAAACAAAACGCAGCUGAUGCAGCUUCAGAAAUAAAUAAAUAAAUGAAUAACAGCACAGAAACAAUCACCAAGACAUUUUCCCUUUGAGGUACCAAGGCAGACACAAAAAAUUCAUUAGUCGAUCGUAAGCUUUACUGUGGCGGUCACACACCUGUGGGAUCUUGGGAUGUUUUAUCAGCAUGGCUGCAAAUGUGUGGCAGAUUUAUGAUAUGAUGUCAACUGUAACACAAGACAAUGUUAGCAGACCACUCCAGACCACUUUGUGGGUACUCCUGGACAAUGAACAGUCAUGGUGGCAUGACUAACAAAAUAGAGGAUCAGAUAAACUUUUUGCAUUGCACCACGUCACUGCUGUUUCCUACUGUGGUCUGCUAACAUUGUCUCACUUUGUUCAUUGUGUCAUUUGCUCACAUUGUUGUAACUCUGGAACAGUGUAUGCUUGCGCCAGUGUAUGAUUGCAUGUUUACGCCGAGACCUCAGACAACCGAUAUUUUGGUGGGAUUGUUGAUAGGUGUUGCGUCGCCCGUCACCACGUGCCAUGGAAGUGGGCACAAAGUUUGCCAGCUUAGAGGAGUUGGAAGAAGCUGUGAAAUUGUACGGUGAACAAAACUACGUGCAGUACUAUAAGCGGGAGUCACAGCUUGUGACAACUGCAAAGCGAAAGGGCAUCCAACGUUACAUCAAUGAAAAGUUGCUGGUACAGUAGAAUCUCGAUAAUUCGAACUCGCUUAAUUGGAAAUCCCGCGUAAUUCGAUGAUUUGCUGUGGUCCCGAGCUCACGCGUUGCAAUCUGACCGCAUAAUCCAAAGAUCCCACGUCCCGCAUCCCGCUUAAUUCGUACGUUUUCUAUGGCGCUCCGCCACAAACUGCACACAAAAAUGACCCGAACGAUCCCGAAUGCUCCCGACUGCUCCACGAGCGAGCGUAAGAACCACGUGACAACCAAUCUCGCGCCGCGCUGUGUCACUCCUACCCUCCCCACCCUCCUUCUCCCCCAAGGUGUUCGUCAUUCCACCAUAGUUCAUUCAUUUGCGCCAUUGUCGCUCUGCCGCAUGCUGGUUCGUUGUGCUUUAGUUUCGCUUCGCUUCGUGGAUGGUAGUUUCCGUCGACGUGCACGGAUUGCUUCAUAGUUUGCUUCCUGGCAGCUCGUGUGAAGGACAACAUGCCCAAGUACAGGACACUCACAAUGAAAGAAAAGGUAGCAAUCAUCGAGGCUGCAAGAUCAGCAACGUGCUCCAAAACACGUCUUGCCCAACAGUUCAGUGUUCCGUCAUCCACUCUAUCGACUAUUUUAAAGAAUAGUGAGAAGAUUGUGACUGAGUAUGGAAAGACAUAUUCGUCAAAGCGCUCACGUGUACGGACUUCAGCCUUUUCGGAACUGGAGACAGCCUUGAUCGCGUGGCUCAACAAGAUGACGGCAGCAAAUCUUCUCGUGAACGGAUCUAUCUUGAGGGACAAGGCACGUGAUCUUGCAGAUCAAUUGGGAUGCGAGAACUUCAGCUGCAGCAACGGGUGGUUUUGUCGUUUUAAGACGUGCCACAAUCUGACGUACCUUAACGUGUGCGGGGAAAGUGGUAGCGUGAAUGAAGAAGUCGUAAGCAACUGGAGGUCGCAUACUCUACAGCCCCUUUUGGAAGAAUUCCGCCCCGAUGACCUUUUCAACUUGGACGAAGCCGCACUCUUUUAUAAGAUGCUUCCAGAUCGCACAUUUACAGCCACGUCGAAAGCCACAGGGAAGAAGCAGAAGAAAGAUCGAAUAUCCGUCUUGUUUGGUGCAAAUGCAUCUGGUUCAGAGAAGCUGCCUCUUCUAAUAAUCGGCAAAUACGCAAAACCCAGAUGUUUCAAGAAUGCACGCCUGCCAUCGACAAACGAGGUGAUCUACCGCAGCAACACCAAAGCCUGGGUAACAUCAGCGCUGUUUGAAGAGUACGUCAGAGUUAUGGACCGAAAGUUCAGUGCAAAGGGUCGCCGCGUCGUCUUCGUUGUCGACAACUGUUCUGCGCAUGGAGCCAUUCAGAACCUCCAGGCGAUACGAAUCGUGUUUCUGCCACCGAACACGACGGCAAUUUCCCAGCCAAUGGAUCAGGGCGUUAUUCUACAGACACGAAAGAUCUACAGGAGCCACCUUCUUAGAAGAAUGCUCCUGUGUUAUGAAAACGGCAAGGACUACGAGAUCGACUUGCUGGGAGCCAUAUCGCUAAUGGCGUAUUCUUGGAAGCUGCUGAAGUCUUCCGUGAUCGAGCAGUGCUUCCGGCAUGCUGGGUUCUUCUCACCGGACACAGCACUGGACUCUACGGAGGGAGUGACCUCGACAGACACCGGGGAAGAUGACGACGUCUCAAGGCUUUGGGAGCAGACAACCAUGCAGUCUCCUGACGGAGCUGCGAACUCCGAAGAUUUUGAAUCUUUCGACGAUUACGUCAGGCUUGAUGAAAAGGAAGAGACUUGUGCCACUACUACAGCAGAGGACAUCAUCCUUUCCGCAACCGACGUGAACAGUGGGAAUGACGACGGUGGUGACGAGCCUCCGCGCGUGCCGUCGUUCUCGGAAGUGCUCGGCGCCGUUGGCAUCGUGCGCGGCUUCGUGGAAGCUAACGGUGCACACAGUGACAUGAUGGAUUUACUGGCCCGUCUUGAAAGAACAGUGACGAGCGAAGGCAGUUUUCGCACGCGACAGACGAAGAUAAGUGACUUCUUUCUGUCUUUGCGCCCUUACACUUACAAGUUCCGUCAAUAAAGUAUGUUGGACUUAUUUUGUGUCUGGGAUCGCUUAAUUCGAAUGCCCGCUUAAUUCGAAAAUUUUCUGUUGUCCAGGCGACUUCGAAUUAACGAGGUUCUACUGUAUACCAAGUGCAUUACCCUGUAUCAAGGGCGGUCGAACUUUCAAAAGUCGCAGCAAAGGUGACCGAGAGACGAAGACAUUUGUUGAUGCGUGUCAUGCCUACAUCAAGUGUUGUGUCUCUGCAGAUGGGGAGCACCUAGAGGUCACGUCGGCCCAGACAGAGCAUAAUCAUGCCGUCAUCAUUCCGUCUGGACGGAACUCUAGUGGCAUUUACUAUUCCGUCUGAACGGAACGCUAGUAACAGCCUUCAGAGAAACCGGUACUCCUGGACAAUGAACAGUCAUGGUGGCAUGACUAACAAAAUAGAGGAUCAGAUAAACUUUUUGCAUUGCACCACGUCA